GCCAGCGAUUGGUCUCCACGCUCCACCCUCCUCCAUUUGACCAUUCCACGCGAAUCAAGCGGGGCUGGCACCAAAGUCCCGCGAUCCCCCGCCAUUUUCGUUUCCUGUGAAGUUCGUUCCUCUGGUAACAAUCAAUAAACGGGGAACUGAAAGCGGGCGGUUGUUUGUUCUCCGGGUCUGCUCGAAUAUUUGCAGAACCGGCAUCGUCGAUUGCUAAAUUUGAGCGAGAGCAGCUGAAUGAGAAACGACUUUCAUGUUCCUUAUUCGAGAUUCUAGAUUUGGAAGUGACUCCUAGAAUUAAAGUGGGGAGCUUUUCUCUCAGAGUUUCGAUCGGAUCCUCGAAUUGAUAGCUCAUUUGCCAGAUCAUAAUAUUUUUUUUAACUAAUUUUCGAGGAUAGGAUUGUUUGUUAAUUCGGAAAGAAAAAUGUUGGAGAUUAUGUGGAGGGACCCGGGAACUCCUGCUGAUUCUUAUUAUGAGGUGCGGCCUGAUUGCGCUGAUGUUCCUGAAAGCAAGUUCAGAAUCAAGGCUGGCAAAACUUUAAGUGUCCGAAAAUGGAAAGCUGCUUUCUCCCCGGAAGGUCAUCUUGAUAUAGGCAAAACACUCAGUCGAAUUCACCGUGGGGGGAUUCACCCAACAAUUAGAGGUGAAGUUUGGGAAUUUUUAUUGGGUUGUUAUGAUCCUAUGAGCACUUAUGAGGAACGAGUGCAAAUACGACAAAGUCGAAGAGCACAAUAUGAUAGCAUGAAGAAAGUUUGUAAACAUAUGUUUCCCUUGAUUGGAAGCGGAAGAUUUGUUACUGCACCAAUAAUCACAGAAAAUGGUGAACCUACGAAAGAUCCUAUUGUACUUCAGCAAAUUAAUCUUGGAACAAAAAAUGAUGCUUCAACUGAACAACCACCAUGUAAUGGUCCUAUGGACAAGAAAGAGAUUAACUGGAAACUUACAUUACAUCAAAUAGGCCUUGAUGUGGUCCGCACUGACCGAACACUAGUGUUUUACGAGAAGCAAGAAAAUUUGUCGAAACUCUGGGAUAUCCUAUCUGUCUACUCGUGGUUUGAUUCAGAUGUCGGGUAUUGUCAAGGUAUGAGUGAUCUUUGCUCUCCAAUGAUUAUUCUUCUUGAAGACGAAGCAGAUGCAUUUUGGUGCUUUGAACGUCUAAUGCGGAGAUUGAGAGGGAAUUUCAGGUGCACUGACAGCUCUGUAGGAGUGGAGUUGCAGCUCGUUAAUCUUGCUUCAGUAACACAAGUUGUUGAUCCUAAACUUCAUCAGCACUUAGAAGCCCUAGGUGGGGGAGAUUAUCUAUUUGCUUUCCGAAUGCUUAUGGUUUUGUUCCGUCGAGAAUUCUCUUUUGGUGACUCUUUAUACCUUUGGGAGAUGAUGUGGGCCUUGGAGUAUGAUCCUUAUUUAUUUACCAUGUACGAGGAUAGUGAUUCUGGUUGUGAAAAAUCAGAGAAAUCUAAAGACAGGGCAAAGUCGAGAAGGCAAUGCGGAAAAUUCGAAAGAGAAAACAUGAGAAAUGGAGAUAUUGCUCCUCUCCCAAUCUCAGUUUUUCUUGUAGCCAGCGUCCUAAAGGAAAGGAGUACAAAGUUGCUGACAGAAGCCCGCGGCUUAGAUGAUGUGGUGAAGAUUCUAAACGACAUUACUGGUAACCUCGACGCUAAAAAGGCUUGCACUGGCAAAAGCUGCAGGACAGAGUGCGAAAGUGUAGCUAUCGAUUAUUUUCAGCUUUCAGGGGAACAACUCAGACAACAUGCACUGUACAUGCAAAUCCACUGUCCAGGCUAAUGUAUCCAGAGUAUAUAUACGGAGGAGAAGACUAAAGAAGUACACAAUUGUUGUAUAUGAAAAUUAUUCUUCUAAUUUAUAGCACUAAACACAUCAAUUCACUGUAUGUUCAAUUCGUGAAAAUUGUAAAUGCCACUAGUACGUGGUGGCCCUCAUUUUUGCACACGUCAAUAGCCCUGUCAACAAAGAGAUGUUCAUUGAUGUGUACCUUGUGUAUCAAAGAUGCUCCUUCAAAGUUUAAGAUACAAACGAAAAGUAAUAAAAUUUAAAUUAACUUU